GAGAAGGAAGAGGAAAAGUAAGGGAAGAAGGGGAAGAAGGAGAAAUAGAAGAGGAGGAAGAAGAGGAGAAAGAGAAGGAGGAAAUAGGAAAAACAAGAGGAAGAUGGUGGGAGGAGAAAGAGGAAGAGGAGGAGGAAAAGGAAGAAGAAGAAGAAAAAGGA